AUGUGCUGCCUUUGACAUCGGAGCCUUCCUACGUCAUUUCCAAAAAUUCAAAGCUACUAUAGUACUUAUCCAUGACCCCCUCAAAGCCAUGACCAUGUCUGUCUAUAUAAACGCUUACAUCUUAAGCUCAAAAGCUCCUCCUCUUCUUAUAAACUCUUCCAGUCUUUAGUUUCUCUUUGCCUGUUUUCAGACCUUUAUUUCUUGCAUUUAUGCUUUGUGCUUUAGAGAGGGAAGUAGGAUUGAAAGUGAAAAUGAAGACAAGUAGCAGUAGUGAGAAAUCCAAGCUUGAUAGAAAGAUGGUGGAGAAAAAUCGCAGAAUGCAAAUGAAAAGCCUAUGCCUCAAGCUUUCUUCUCUUAUUCCUGCCAACCACUUCAGAGGCACCAGGGACAUAAUUUCACAACAAGAUCAGCUCGAUUACGCUGCCUCCUAUAUAACGCAACUGAAGGAAAACAUAGAAAAAUUAAAGAUUCGGAAGGAACAAGCAGUGGGGUUAGAAAAUGGCAGUAAUACAAUGGAUACAAUGAUGUUUGGCUCAAGGUUGCCUGUAUUUGAUUUAAGAGACUUGGGUUCCAGUAUCGAAGUGAUUGUUGUAAGUGGGUUGCAAAAGAGCUUCAUGGUGUAUGAAAUUAUUAGUAUUCUUGAAGAGGAAGGAGCUGAAGUUGUCAGUGCUAGCUUUUCUACUGUGGGUGAUAAAGUUUUCCAUACCGUUCAUGCUCAGGUCAAAAUUUCUAGAGUUGGGGUUGAGACUACAAGGGUGUGCCAAAGACUACAAGAAUUAAUAAACUGAAUGUGCUAUUUUGAUCCAACAAAUGCUUCAUUAGUAGCUAGAAGGAUGGGAGCUAGAGUUAAAUAUUUGAAUUAUUCCCACUAUGCUGGUCAUCACAAUGGGACAACGAUCCCAAAAUGUAUUUAACCAAAUUAGUGAAUUUUCAUCAUGACUGGCUUAUGUACUCUCUUUCAUUUUCAAUCAAUUAGUGAAAGAUUUAAAAAUAAAAAUAAAAAAUCUUUUUAGUAUUGUA